AUGAAAUUAUUAUUGCUUACUUUUUUAGUUGUUUCUUAAUCUUAAUGGAUUAAUACAUAUGAGGCAUUUGUAGAGGACUUAUUAACAACUUUAGAUGGUAAAUUAAAGUUAAAAUUUAUUUAGGUUGGGUAAUUUAAAAUUAAUUCUAAGCAACUUCUGAUAUUAUAACUAAAUGCAAUGAGAAAACCAUUGUAGGAGGAUUAAAAACAUUUGGUUUAAAGACUACUGCAACAAAAUUUAUUAAAUUGCCUCCUCAUUAUAAAUUGAAGUUUAAUAUCCAACUUUGGAAGUAUAAAAUCAACUUGAAAUAGAUUAGGUGAAUGGGAGAAGGAAGUAUUUUCAAUAUACAUAGAUGGUGUUCCUUGGGAAAUGAAGUGGGGAUUCACUGAGGGAGGAAUUAGACUAUGUGGAGGUCUUGAAUCUAAGCAUAGUGAUAAGAUUUUUGAUAUAGAAUUUGAGAUUGCCCAUAAUUCUCCUACUGUGACAAUCAUAUUGGCAACAAAUUAAUAAGGGUAAGCUGAUAUUUAGGCUUGGGGAUUUAGAUAAGUUAAAGUGUCAUUUAUUGCUUGUCCUUCUGAAUGUGGAAUUUGUCAUAAUGAUAAAACUGAAGAUUGCAAAAAUUGGAAUUAAGAAGCUCUCAGCUGGUUUCAUAUAGAUACAAAACUAGAAGGAUGGUAAUUGGAGAAUGGUAAGGAUAAGGGAUAUGAAUGUUCAGGCAUAGUUAUAUUUGGAGGGUAUGAAAACGUUGGUGCCAAAUCAACGUUAUCUAAUUCUUUUACAAGCAUAGCUCCUCAUUAUAAAAUAAUGAUUAAAUUUACAUUUUGGAAAGUAAUUUAAUAAUAUAAUAUUAAAGAUUGAUCUUUGGGACAAUGAUGAAUUUUAUAUAAAAAUUGAUGAUAAAGAAGUAAAGAAAAUAGCAUUUUAAACAACUGAUGGGAUAGAAUUAUGCGGAGUGUAUUAUAUAUUAUGAGUAAUUUCAUAGAAAAUCCAAUAAUCCAGGAUAUGGAGAAAAGAUUGUUGCAAUUGAAGUUAUUUAAAAACAUUCAGAGCCAUCUUUAAAAAUCUCUUUUUCAUCUUCAUUAUCUAAAGAUUUAAAUUAAUAAUCUUGGGGUAUUAGAGAUUUCUUUUUAUUUGCUGCUUAAUGCACAAAAUUUUGUGAUGAAUGUGUAGGUAAUGCUGAAAAUGAAUGUACAAAAUGUCAUUCUACUCAUACUUUAUCAAAUGGAAAAUGUUUGAAUAAAAAUGAAUGGUAUGUAGCAUCAAAAGAAUUUUUUGAAGAAGAAUCAUUUAAAAAAAUAGAAGGAUGGAAUUUUUAAGAACUUGAUUCUGCUAGUCCAAAUCCUCCCAUUACAAAAUGUUCUGAUAUGAAUCUAAUUGGAGGAUACUAAUCCUUUGGAAAGGUAUUCAUAAAAUUUAUUUAAGAAAACAACAGUAUCAAAAAAGUUUAUUUUGCCAAAGCAUGACUAUAUAAGAGUUAAAAUUAUUAUCUACAAAAUUGAUAAUUGGGAUGGAGAGGAAUUAACUAUAUUUAUUGAUAAUAAUGAACUAUGGACACAAUUUCUAGGUUGGAAUGAUCCUGCUUAAAGUGAUAUUUGCGGAAAUAAAAGUAAUAAUUGGAAAGAAAGAAUAAUGAAAGUGGAUAAGAUAUUUACUCACAGUUCUGCAGAAUUGUAAUUUGACUUCAGAAGUACUCUUUAAAAAGAAGCCAAUGAAGCCUCAUGGGGUUUUAGAGAAUUUUAGCUUUUAUAUUCUCCAUUAAAUGAGUGUAUUGAAGUAUUCAGUGAAUGCAAUUACAAAGGAUUGUAAGAAAGAAUUUGUGAAAACACAGAGUCAUUAACUUAAUCAAAAAUAUAAUUUGAUAUAAAGUCUAUCAAAAUCCCUGAAGGUAUGAAAAUAACAGGAUACAGAAAUCUCGGUUUCAAAGGGGACAAGGUUGAAUAUGAAACAAAUUAAGAAUGCCUUGAUACCAUAGAAUUCUCAUUUAUUGAAAAAUAACUGAUUGGAAAUAUGAAAUAUAUUCAUAAAUGA